CUGCGAACACCUCACAUGCGUUUGUAUGUUGACCUUUUCUCCAUCCUCUGUAUGGAUUUGUAACUUAUUUUGUACAUGUAGACGGUAAAAAGCGCAUGUUAGAGUUAUAACUAUGGCUCUGAAUAAGAUACAGACGUAUCAUCGGAGUAUGUUCAGAGUAAAUGGGGACCAUGAAAUGCCACCACAACUGAGAAGUUAACUUGGGGUAUUCUUCUCAAAUCCGACUUCCUUCCCCGUUUACAGAUUGACGUCAAAUCAACAUGGCUGCACACAGCAUCAGAAAUAAACAAAAGUGUCUCCAGGAAGUGAUAUCUCAGAGAUGUUUACUUGCUGUGUCCUCAUUUCACACCACAAGAACUCAGUCAAACUCCAACAGAUCCUCUGUGGUUCGCUGUAGCAGAGAGAAAUACGAGCGCAUGUACCCAGUCUUGCUCGUGCGUCCGGACGGCUCUACCAUUAAUAUCAGAUACAAAGAACCUCGGAGAAUUAUAAUGAUGCCUGUGGACAUUACUACUCUGUCAGAGGAGGAGAGAAAGGCCAGGAUGCGAAAGAAGGAUCCUAAGAAGGGAGUGGCUAAACGAAAAGAUGAUGAGUUUGAGGAUGACUUUAAACUGGAGGACUACAGCAAGUUCUGGAAGAAAACGUGAACAGACUGGCUUACUUCAUUCAGCAUAUUUAUGCUGCUUCACAUGUACAGAACUUACGCUGUUGUGUUUUUUUGUUUAUCAUCAACUCAUUAAAGAUUCUUAAAACCACAGAA